GCUACUGUGCAGCUCCUCGGAGAGCUUUUUCCACUCAGGUGCAGACAUUCCUGCGACUGGUUCAGCAUUUAUUUCCGACAAAAAAAAAGACUCGGGAAGAUGCAUAAACAAUAUACAUCCGUGAGCCCCGCCGAUGCCAUCACUGUGAAGAAUGAGAAUGGACCUCAACCAAAGAAAUACCGCUACGUACGCAAAGAGGGCAGCUGUAACGUGGUGUUUCGCCAUGUUCCCGAGGAGUGGCUGCUGUUUGUGACGGAUAUCUUCACCACCUUGGUGGAGAUUAGGUGGAGGGUGAUGUUCCUGAUCUUCGCCCUGUCUUACAUCCUGUCUUGGCUUUUCUUCGGGAUCCUCUACUGGGUCAUCGCGCUUGCUCACGGUGACACCAGAAACAUCACGAGUGAACCCUGCAUGUACCAGGUGCGCAGCUUCACGGCUGCUUUCCUCUUCUCGCUCGAAACCCAAACGACCAUCGGCUACGGUUACAGAGGGAUGUCCGAGAACUGCAUGAUCGCCAUCAUCAUCGUCACCAUACAAGACGUCAUCAGCUGCUUCAUUGACACGUUCGUCAUCGGAAUCGUCGUCGCCAAAAUGGCCUCGGCCAGGAAGAGGGCGCAGACGGUGGGCUUCAGCAACUGCGCCGUCAUCAAUCUUCACGAUAGUUACUUGUGUCUUUCCUGGAGAGUCGGGGACUUCCGCCGGCACCACCUGGUGGAGGGGACGGCUCGCGCUCAGAUCGUCCGCUCCACGGUGCACGCAACAGGGAAAAUGGACGUGACGUACGAAGAUCUGCUAAUCCAGCAGAGUGACGUCAUCCUGGUCACGCCUACCACCAUCUUCCACAGGAUCGAACCCGGCAGCCCACUGUACAACAUGAGCUUGGUAGAUCUACGGAAAGAAGACUUUGAGCUGGUGGUGUCUUUCACCUACACGGACGACUCCUCCGGUAUGCUGCAUCAGACUCGCACCUCGUACACCCCGGCAGAAAUCCUCUGGGGUCAGCUGUUCCAGGAGAUGAUCCGGGUCAGCAAGAGGCACUACAGGGUGGAUUACACCUUGUUCAAUCACACCGCCAAGGUGCUGGUGCCCGAGGUCAGCGCUGAGGAGUACGAACACAAGAAGCAGUGGCGGCCCUCACCCCGGCAUUCCCCGCGACAUUCACCCAGAUCUUCCCCGCGACAUUCACCCAGAUCUUCCCCGCGUAAUUCACCCAGAUCUCCAAGAUCACUGCAGCGAAACCAUCUUGAAAAGCUUCUGAAACCCCCAACGGUAACUGUGGAACUUGUGAACGACCGUCGCCCUGAACCAACCGUUUCAACAUCUCAAGCAGACAAUCAACAUCAAGACAGAUUGACUCUGCCAAAUGACCUCACAAGUAUAGAAAUAUAAAAGCAGAACCAUGAUGUUUGAGGCCGCCAUUUAUUAAGACACUGUGUUAAUUGUCCAUUUUUUCAAAGAAGCGACUGCUAAAGAGGAAUAUUGAGGAUGCUACUGAAUCUCAUUUACUGUAAGGAUGAAAAAAGGGUUUCUGUUUCUUAGCAUGUGAUCUUAUUAAAGUAACACUUCAGCAAAAAAAAUCUGUCUUUUGAGUAUCAAAGACUGAAACCUUGAAGGCUUGAAAGAUGGCGCCUGGCCCAUUCAUUCCAAUGAGAGCGGCUCAUCCAGCACGUAGCCGGGGUUUUCAAAACAGUAGAGGCUUUACACUAUGUGUAGCCAGCUAGCAAGAGGGCUACCAAAAAGUAGCCUACCAAUGACUUGCGCUGUCUUGUGACCAUUGCCUUGCAGAUCAUAGCGGCCCCUCGAAUGUCUCCUGAGGCGACAUUAAAAAGCGCCAACUUCUUGUGCUAAAGACGGAAGGAUUGGCAAAAGUUUUACAAACAUUAAACUGUGAUGUCUAAGAGUCCACACUCACACCAGUGACUCCAUGAGGUUUUAACACGCUCACAAUGACAAUGCUAGCAUGUUUAUGUUUAGCAGAUAUAUUGUUUACCAUGUUCGCCAUCUUAGUUUGGCUUGUUAGCGUGCUAACAUCAACGAAUUAACAUUAAAAAUGAAGCACAGCUGAGGCUGAUGGGAAUGUCAUUAAUUUGCAGGUAUUUAGUGAGAAACUGAAGUAUUGAAAAAAAAGUAUACAUUUACAAAGUUACGGCGCUGUUAACCUCAUGGUGGAGCUAAAAGAGUGUCGGGGCAUCACCGAAGCCAGUCGAAUUCCUCCUCUGGAGACCAUGAAUGUCUGUAAACACUUCCAAUCCAUCCAAUAGUUGUUGAGAUAUUUCAGCAUGAAACCAAAGCGAUUCACAACACGUAUAACAAAGAAUAUUAAUUUAGCAUAUUCUUUUUACAGACACUUAAACAGACUUUAAUAAUAUCGAUCUGUGGGGAAAAUGCUGAGUACUGGGCUGCAGUACUGCAGUUGGCCUCUGGGACAUAUCGACUCACCGCCGCGCAUAACCAGCUCUACUCUUUCAUCGGUCAGGAGAACUUUGUUUAGUGACGUGCCUGAUGGUGAAGAUCCACCAAAUCCGGCCAACAUACAGAAAGACGUGACAGAACCCCAAAUGGUCCACUUUGCUCCGGCAGGUGGGCCAGGCUUCGUUCUGGCUCAACUGUUUAAACAAUGGCGGACGGGUGACAAAGCUUCUCAUUGUACAGCUAAACAGUACAUUAAAAUAUGUUUCUGAAAUCAUUUGAAGCGAGAAAUAGGGCCAUGCAGUAACAGACUAUUGAUAUAUUUUUAAUCAGCGCUGCCAAGUUUGACUGUUUGAUCCGAGUUUGGACGGACUUGAUUUGCAUGAAGUUGAGUCAUGAUUGUGCAAAUUUAGAAACGGCAAAUGGUCAGUCAACUCGCCAUGUCGUAUCCAUGGUGCAAAAGGUGCGGCCGGCUCUCUUGCUCUCCAUAGAAAUGAAUGGAAACCGUCUCCU